AAUUCUGCUAAUCAUCUCUCUCACAUUCUCAAACACUGUAAAAAUCAAUUAUCAUAGUAUAUCUCAAUUUUUGCCCCAAUUAACGGGCUACUCAAUUCUGUAAUUCUCAUUUAAAAGACUACUCAAAACUCGAAUUCUCUUUAUUGGGACUCCCAACAAUUGGAGAAACUAGUUCGAUUUUUAAACAGAGUCCACCUCUUUGUGCCGUCGGAUUUGACUAUUUUGUGGUCGAAAUUUAAAUUUAAAUUGCCGUUGCCUGCGACAAAGUCGCCGGAGGGGGAAAAGGCCGGGAACGAGCAGUUGAGCCUGAGUAUGCAGAGGCCUUCUGGUGGACUAGAACUUGGUUCGAGGUUAGGCAUCGUGGUGGUGCUGGCAGCGCAACCGCCUUUGAAGCGAUGAUAGCCGAGAGAAAUAGCUCCCGGCGACGCGAUGAGGUUAUAAUGGUGGAAUUUAAGGCUGAGCGGCUCGGUUAUAGGAUAUAAUUUAUGUGACUAUGUAGUCUGUAUCAAAAAUCUCAAUGUCGCAAUGACUUUUUCCCUUCCGCCUCGUUGCGACGGCAAUUCUCGAGCUAUUCGAUACGGCUGCAGGGUGAAGCAGUGGAGUCCCGAUGGCGUGAUGCAGAGGAUGUGAAAUCAUGAGGGAAAUCAGCUUGGAAGAUACUCCACCAUCCAUCAUCGGAUUGGUGGUGGAAAUCAGCGGAGAAUCUGUCGGUAAUCAAACGAAACCGAAAUAAAAAUUGAAAUCGAAAAUGCCUCCAGAUCUUUAGCCACGAAGAAGAAUCCACGGAGAAGAAGAAGAUUUGUGCAGAUUUUGUAAAAAAAAAAUAGAUUUUGGAAAGAUCAUCUUUAGCUGACGGAAAUUAUUCAGAUCUUUAGCUAGCUUUGAUGAGAAGAUAUUCAAAUUUUGGGAAUUAUUCAGAUCUUUAGCUGAUGAAAAUUCCAAAUUAAUGGCAUGGUAAAUUUGACUUUUUUCACAGAAAGUAGCUAAUUUUUAUAUUUUUAUUUUAUUAGAUAUUUUUAUUUUAGUAUAGCAAAAUGAAUAUUUUCAUUCAUCUAUUAUAAACUAUCCAAUAUGACCAAGAGCCAAUCCAAAUAACGGCCCAAGUUAAGAGACUGGGCUUAAUAUUAAGAAAGAAAAGCCCAACCCAUUAUAUAUAUGAUUCGCACCGAUAGUUGAGAUAUAAACAAAAGGAAUCGCAGAUUGGAAAGCGUUAACUGAUAAGUGAGGAAAGGAAUAACUCAACGAUUUCUGUUGCUAUUCGCUCAAUGCGUACUGUUUCAGCUACCUUGCGCCUUCGACUUAACCUUUGAUCACUUGACUCUCCGCGGCAUCCCCCACCGCUGCCGUUCAUCUCUCGCCACCGUCGCCAAACGCUCAUACCUUCCCUUCCUCACUCCGUCGCUGACGCGUCCUUAAAACCCGUUUUUCUACCGGAUGGAGCAAUACUGGAGAGGAAGCAGUAUCAAUAAGGAGGGAAUGGUGCAGCACUUGCAGAGUUAUGGGAUUAUAAAAUCAAAGAAAGUGGCAGAAGUGAUGGAAACCAUUGACAGGGGUUUGUUUGUUCCAGAGGGCACACCCCCAUAUGUUGAUAGUCCUAUGCAGAUCGGCUACAACGCCACUAUCUCCGCACCUCACAUGCACGCCAUGUGCCUCGAGCUGUUGGAGAACCAUCUCAAACCCGGCAUGCAUGCUUUGGAUGUUGGCUCUGGAACGGGUUAUUUGACUGCUUGUUUUGCUGUAAUGGUGGGAGCACAAGGCCGUACCGUUGGCGUCGAGCAUAUUCCUGAAUUGGCUGAAUUUUCAAUCAAGAAUAUAGAGAAGAGUGCUGCAGCUCCGCUGUUUAAAGAAGGAUCAUUCUCGAUUCAUGUUGCUGAUGGCAGGCAGGGAUGGCCGGAGUUUGCGCCUUAUGACGCCAUCCACGUCGGAGCUGCCGCACCAGAAAUCCCACCAGCGCUUAUCGAACAACUGAAACCCGGUGGCAGAUUGGUUAUCCCUGUCGGGAACGUCUCCCAGGAACUGAAAGUUGUGGACAAGAACGCAGACAGCACACUCAACAUUCAGAGCGAGACGGCUGUUCGGUACGUGCCGCUGACUAGUCGAGAAGCACAACUCCAGGGGCGCUAACUUUACUUGCAUGCCAUGUGUAUAUUUGUGAGGAUUAUGAAAUAAAGCAACUCAAUGUAUAACUAUGCCGCAUACAUGAAAACCCAUUUGACAAUCACACCAAAUGAUGUUUUACAUGCUCAAAUAAUAGCUGCGUUCUAUUUGAUGGAAAAAGAUGGAAUAUAAAUAUUCUCUUUA